ACUGUCUCUUUCUUGCAAUUCUCCCCUUGUUUAACUGUGGGUGAAAGGUAGUCGUGCACCAGUAGCUCUGAGCAGGGGUGGACGGUACAGGUUCUGCCAUUCGCUCUAUCCAAUACCAUGGAUAUACAGAUAUUUUUGCAUAUUCAAAAUAAAUGUCAUUUUAAUAACAAAAACAAGGAGUACGUAUUUUUGAUAGUAUUGCAAUGUCCACUAGAGGGCAGUGCGCAGUCAUUUUUACUCAGUGUUGCACCCUUUUGUAAUUCCUCGUAUCAUUGUAGGUGAUUGCUUUAAUAUGAUGUCCUCUGCACGCGACGUAGUUACACCUUUGACACCAAUUAAAAUAAUGCGUCGCUGGAUAUAGUUGUUUUAUGUUUGAUAUAUUCUUGCCAUGCAUUUGCUUCACCAUAAGCAUGCAGUCUUUGUGCAAGAGGGUAUAGAUGGAACAUCGCGUGCGGUAGACAGAUCUCGUUGUGUUUGCUCGUGUCCUACCAUAGUAUGUUGUCAUCGGUAUGUUUUCGAUAAGGAGAGAACCAUACCUAGAAAGAUCGAUCAAUAAAACAUUAACUUAAAAUCCGUGCAUACACACACACAUACACACACACACACACACAUAUGUGCGUGUGUGUGUAAAAUGAUAAAGGACAUUCAACUUAAUGAGGUAUUGAUUAGCCAACCAUGGUAUGCUAAUGUUCGAGUCAAAAAAUACUUGGCUGUGUUGGACGGUUGCUGCAAAUCCUGGGGUGACUUUAGCAGAGGUUCUGAAGUGGCUAAGCUGGCACGCUUUGACAGACAUAUCACAGUUUUAUACCAACAUAAGGAUCAUUUAGACACCGUUUUCUUUGACUGCCGAAGACUUUUGCACAGUACUGUAUAUAGUCCGUGCAUUACAAUUUCAUAGGUUUCCUAUUGCUCCAGCUCAUGAAAUGAAAUCACUAUCAAGAAGUUAGACAUUAAGCACAAAAGACCUUGGGGAAUUUAAACAGCUGUGUGUUUCCCACAAACUGUUACACAGGGUGCGACAAACACUGGGGUCAUGCACCAUAUCUCUGUGUUGACCUGUGUUAAACGUGUAUAUAAAUAUCUUUAGGGAGACCUGAGGCAAUUAUUGGUGAACAUAGUCUGAGAGCAACUGUCUUCCGGCAAAAUGUCUCCUGUGAAAUGGUUCGUGUUGCUGGCUGUGGUGAUUUUCGGCAGCAAAGCCAAUGCUGCCAUUCCAAGGCACAUGGAUGAAUUUAUCAGGGUGCUGGAGUACAUUGAGGCCCAGAACCCGGGUUUGGGCCCCCUGGGCACCGUGAGAGCCCUUCGUCAUCUCGCAGGCUACGGGGAUUUGUUCGCGGAGAGCUUCUUAGGCCGUGCAAAUGACGAUUACAGCAGGGCGGCUCUGGAGCUGAAUGUUCAAUUCAGUGACUUCAUUGGCAAAGCGCUUCGGCACAGGGUGAGCGAGGGAGGCGAGGAGGAGGGAGUGGUCCUCGUCCGUGAUGGGACAACGGUUGCCAUGGCGCCACUGCUCUUGGGCAUAGAGGCGGGGCUCCAAGCUAAAGUGGAUGCACUACAUGCUGUCGCCCUGACCAGAAACCUGGGUUUGUCCUUCCUGGCCUUUCACAACUCCCUGCUUCCCCAGCGUCUCGGCCCCAGUGGUUGCUGGGAUAGCGUGACCUCGCCUGCGAUGUUCACACUGCCAGGGAAGCCCUCUCUGGCUACUGAAGCUCUCAUAAAUGGAGGGAUGGAUGGAAUAAUCCUUGGCAUGGAGAUCUCCCUACUCACAGAGCGCCCCCCCACACUGAGCGGCCUUCUGAAGCAGUACUACAACUACUCUCUGGGCCCCGGAGGGCUUGACAGCGCCCCCCGGCUCAUCAGCGUCCUCCGCAGGGACAACUUCAGGGAGUUGGUGAGCGCCGCAUCACUGCGAAAAGAGGUGAUGAGCUCGAUGCAGGUGCACUGGAGGCUGACGGGAGAUGUCCAUGUGGUGGAGUCCGAGAGAAUUGUGAAGGAGGGGGUGCAGGAGUUCAUCCAAUCGUAUGCAAACUGUCCAACCAUCAUUCCCCGGUGUCAGUGGGGGGCGGAGCCUUACCGAGGCACACCUACCCAACUAAGUCCGCCACUCUCCUACAUGUACGUCCACCACACCUACGAACCGGGCCAGCCCUGCCUUUCCUUCGACCAGUGUGCUGCUGACAUGCGGUCCAUGCAGCGCUUCCACCAGGACGGCAAUGGCUGGGACGACAUCGGAUACAGCUUUGUGGCCGGAUCUGAUGGCAGCAUCUACGAGGGCCGUGGCUGGGCCUGGCAAGGUGCCCACACCCUGGGCCACAACUCAAAGGGCUACGGCGUCGCCAUAAUCGGCGACUUUACGAGCUGCCUGCCAUCGCAACGCACCCUGGAGCUGGUGAGAGAGCGGCUGCCCGCUUGUGCCGUGGGCAACGGCCACCUGUCGCCUGGUUACAUCGUGCACGGCCACCGUCAGCUGGUCAACACUUCCUGCCCUGGGGACACCCUCUACAGGGAGAUACGGACCUGGCCGCAUUUCAAGGAAGUCUAGAACCCGAGGAUAAAAAUAAGCAGAGCGCCUGACCGAGGAAAGAUGGUAUCAUGGAAUAAAAGUGUAAUUUGUUUAAGUGUCA